CAUGCCUACAAAAAGGGACCCCACCAUGGGCUGUGAAACUCAUGACAGGAGAGAAUCUUAAAAUCUCUCCUCUCUCUCCAAGUCCCUGCCUCUCACUAGAUAUCAUUCAUACAUAAAUGCCAACCUGUUUGCUUUCUCAGCUAGAAAAACAGAGUUCUUGGUUACAAAGAUCUUGACUUGCUUGGGAGAGGAAGAGAGAGGAGUUUCUUGCUUUCUUCAGAGGGAAAUUGGCUUCUUGGAAUCCUAAUUAGAGCAAAUACAUGAUAUCCUAGGAGAUAAACACACACACAAAAAUCUAAUUGAGGAAACUGAUUGCCACUAGCUUCACCAAGAAAUGGAGAGGGAGCAGAUGAGGAUGGCCAUCCUGAGGCAAGAACAAACAUUCAGACAACAGGUUCAUGAGCUGCACAGACUGUACCAUGUUCAGAAACAGCUGAUGAAACAGAUGCAGAUCGCCAAGCUGAACCAAGCUCAGGCAAUCGCUGCCAACGCCGAAACCAAACCGAAAUUCGAGAUCACUUUCGCCGAGAAUUCAACCAACCAUCACCACCACCACCAAUUCUACAGCUUCCAGAGCAGCAAGAUCAUGUCUCCCCCUGCAGCAGCAGCAGCAGCAGCAGAUCAAGAAGAGGAAGAAGAAUGCGACCUCCAGCUGACGCUGGCGACGGGGAGCAGCGGCGGCGGCGAUGGCACGGCGAGGGGGCACAAGGGGAAGAAGGAGGUGAGGUCAUCCAACUCGGACUCCGGCACGGCGGCGUCGUCGACGUCGACGGAGUCCGAGCUGGCCCAGUUCAAGAAUCAUCAUCACCAUCAGUUGGACUGCGCGGCGGCGGCGCCGGUGGCGUCGCCGGCGGCGAGGUUCCAGGGCGAGAGCAAGAAGAGGGUGGUCGUCGUCGUGGACAACGAGAUGAGCCUCCUCCAGCCUCCAUGGCUCAACCAGUGCUUGAGCUUGAGGAUGGCGUGAUUAGCUUAUAGCUAGAAAUUGUAGAUUUGUUGCAUCGAUGAAGAAGAAGAAGAAGAAGAAGAGAUCGAUCGAUCGAGGAGGGAUGGAUGGAUGCUGUUACUUACGUUGUAAAUCACAGAGCUAAUCUUCUUUUUUUCCUGCAAGAAUUGGUAAAGAGAUGAACACUGAUUGUCUCGUGUUCUUGAACUUUUU